AUGGGUGAGAAGGUGCCCGAAAACGCCAAUCUGGGGUUGAACCCUGGCUCUCCGCUCUCUGCUAUAGAGUCGAUCAAUGGCGAAGCAGUACCUAAACAGAUGUCCGCAACGAGAGCGUUCACGCGCAUCUUUUUCUAUGGGACGCCGACCGUGUGGUGCUUACAAGCAAUCGCCCUGAUCGCUGCUUGUGGGUCUGGAGUCGCUCUCGCGCUAGUAAAUCUCGUACUUGGCAACUUCAUUACGCUGCUGAGUGGAUUCAGCUCAGGACAAGAUGUCCCAGCGGAUUUCAUGUCUUUGGUCUCCAAGCAAUCACUAUACUUUGUAUACAUCGGGAUUGCUCGCUUUGGCUGCAUCUACAUCUAUUCGACCACAAUGACAUAUACGGCUCUCAAAUUGGGUCGCAAUAUGCGCCACGAUUACAUGCGUUCUGCACUACGUCAAGAUAUCAGUUUUUUCGAUCAUGGAUUUGCCGGAUCAAUCUCCAUGCAAGCAACAUCCAACGGCCGCCUCAUCCAAUCUGGCACCUCCGAGAAACUGGGUCAGAUGAUACAGGCUACAGCGACCCUGAUCGCUGCAUUCAUCAUCGCUUUCGUCACUCAAUGGAAGCUCACACUUAUCUUGAUCUGUAUUGUACCCGCUUUGAUCCUUAUGGUCGGUACCGCCGGAGGUAUCGAUGCAGGCAUUGAAACGGACAUACUAAAGAUAUAUGCUCAAGCGGGUGCAUUUGCUGAGUCCUCGUUGGGAAAUAUACGAGCAAUCAACGCCUUCAGCCUCGGUCCAAGGAUUGUCGACCGAUACUCGGUGUAUCUUGAACAAGCGCGCACUCUCGGUCGGAAGAAAGACGUCCUGUACGGCCUCCUGUUUGCCGGGGAAUAUUUCGUCAUGUUUGCCGGGAUGGGUCUUGCGUUUUGGCAAGGAAUUGCCAUGAUUGCACGCGGAGAGGUGGAUGGUAUUGGUACCGUGUUCACUGUGCUAUUUUCUGUUGUCAUCGCAUCAGCUAUGUUGAACUCCAUUGCUCCCAACAUGGUCACGUUCACCAGAGCAGCAUCAGCCGCUGCCGAACUCUUCGAACUCAUCGACAGACCGUCAAGGAUAGAUCCUUUCGACCUCUCUGGAGAGAAGCCCGCCUAUCUUGAUGGGUCAAUCGACAUCAAGGAUGUGACUUUUAGCUAUCCAACUCGACCGAACAAUCCUGUCUUGGAUGGAUUCAGCUUACACGUGCCUGCUGGAAAAGUCACAGCACUUGUGGGAGCUAGUGGCUCUGGCAAGAGUACAAUCAUUGGGUUGCUCGAAAGGUGGUACAAUCCAAGCUAUGGAGAGAUCACUCUGGAUGGUGCAACGCUGCAAAAUCUCAAUUUGCGUUGGCUCCGCACCAACAUGAGAUUAGUACAACAGGAACCUGUGUUGUUCAACGGCACCGUAUUCGAAAACAUCUGCAAUGGCCUUGUUGGUACGCCGUGGGAACAUCUCCCUCGAGAUGAACGACUAGCAAGAGUCAAGGAUGCCGCUCAGACGGCAUACGCCCACGACUUUAUUGAGGCACUCCCACAAAGAUAUGAGACGCGCAUUGGUGAAAGGGGAGGUCUACUCUCUGGUGGCCAAAAACAGCGUAUUGCCAUUGCUCGAAGUAUCGUCUCUCAACCCAGGAUUCUUUUACUCGACGAGGCCACCAGUGCUCUUGACCCUCAAGCGGAGGCUAUUGUCCAGAAAGCCCUCGAUAAGGCAUCUGAAGGCCGUACGACCAUUGUUGUCGCUCACAAGCUGAAGACCAUCCAGGCUGCCGACAACAUCGUGGUCAUGAAGCAAGGCAAAAUCAUCGAGCAAGGCCCACAUGGCGAGUUAGUCGCUCGCGGCGGCGCUUAUGCAACUCUGGUACGGGCUCAGAAUCUGUCAACUUACGACCGAGGAAGUGACUAUGAAGCUUGCGAUGGGGAAGAAAAGCCAGGCGAUUUGGCUCUCGAGAAGAGUCAGACAUUCAGUCGACAUGACACAUUCACGCAAGAAAAGCUGGCUCUGCUCAGAGAACGAGAAGACUACGGACGGGCCUCAAAGAUGGGGAUCCUGUCUACCGCUAGCAAACUUGUGCGAGCUACUCCAGAUCUGAAGUGGUGGUAUAUCCUUGCCUUAAUCACCAGCGUCCUAGGAGCUGGUGUGUACCCCGGUCAAGCUCUGCUUUUAGGCAACGUCAUGGAUGUGUUCGACCCUGAGCUGGACCAAAGUCGGGGCAAUUUCUAUGCUUUGAUGUUCUUCAUCAUGGCGAUUUGUCUCUUGUUCGUUUACAUGGCCAUGGGUUGGGUCAGCAAUCAUAUCGCGCAGGCAUACGGCCACGACAUCCGCAAACGAACUUUUGCUGCUUAUUUGAGACAGAAUUUACGCUUCUUCGAUCGACCCGAGAAUACCAUUGGAUCUCUGACCAGCCGACUCGAUUCUGACGCGCAAUCUCUGUUCGAGUUGAUGGGAUUCAACAUCACCAUAAUCAUGCUCUCAAUCGUCACCAUCAUCGUCUGCUCCAUCCUCUCUAUUGCCGUGUCAUGGAAGCUUGGCCUCGUGGGUGUCUUCGCAGGGAUACCUCCAAUGAUUCUUGGAGGCGUCAUUCGUGUCAGAGUCGAGACGAAGAUGGACUCUGAUAUCGAUGCAAAGUUUUCCAAAAGCGCUUCUAUCGCAUCCGAAAGCAUUACAGCCAUCCGGACAGUCUCUUCUCUCGCCAUCGAGGAAGAUGUUUUGCUGCGCUAUACGAACGAGCUCGAUGCUGCUAUAUCCGGAUCUCGAACUUCACUUCUGUCGAUGAUGAUGUUCUUUGCAUUUACGCAAUCGAUUGAAUUCUUCGUCUUGGCUCUAGGCUUCUGGUGGGGCUCCAAAUUGAUCGCUGCAGGCGAUAUCGACUUUUAUCAAUUCAUCGUGUCCUUCAUGGCUGUUUAUUUCUCCGGUCAGGGUUGUGCAACCACGUUGACUUUUGCGAGCAGUUUCACAAAGGCAAAUGCCGCUGCCAACUACUUCUUCUGGCUGUGCGAUAUCAAGCCCACCGUUCGAGAGACCGAUCAAAACAAGGAUUUAGUGCCACUGAAUGGCUGCACGUCAUAUGACUUUGACAAUGUCCAAUUCGCAUAUCCUCUGGCGCCGGAUACACGUGUACUUAAAGGAGUGUCGUUGACGAUCAACCCAGGAGAGUUCGUCGCAUUCGUGGGUGCUUCGGGUUGCGGCAAGAGCACCAUGAUAUCACUCCUCGAGCGAUUCUACGACCCGACAAGCGGGCAAAUCAUCAUAGACGGCGGUCAUCAUCUCGCAGACCUCAACCCGCGAGUAUAUCGCCGUGCGGUUUCUCUGGUGCAGCAGGAACCUACUCUUUUCCCCGGCAGCAUCCGCGACAACAUUUCCAUGGGUAUCGAUCAAGAUGGCGAAGAAGUCGAUGAUGAGAUGAUCAAACAAGCCUGUCUCGCAGCCAAUGCCUGGGAAUUCAUCUCCUCUCUCCCCGAAGGUCUCAACACCCCUUGCGGGACAGGCGGCGCACAACUCUCUGGUGGACAACGCCAACGCAUCGCAAUCGCUCGAGCACUGAUCCGCGACCCUAGAGUUUUGCUCUUGGAUGAGGCAACAAGCGCUCUAGACACCGGCUCGGAGCGAAUCGUGCAGGCCGCGCUGAUGGAAGCGGCUUCCAAGAAUUCCCGAAUCACCAUCGCAGUAGCUCACCGAUUGUCAACCGUGACAAAUGCAAAUCGGAUCUUUGUGUUUUACGGCGGCAAGAUAGUCGAAGCUGGAUCUCACUCGGAGCUUGUCGCAAGGGGUGGUAUUUAUACCGGAAUGUGUGAGGCUCAGAACAUUUAG